AUGUCUACUAUGAUGAUCGAUUUACCACUCGAGAUCCUGCAUCGCAUAUGCAUAUACCUCCCCUCUGAGUCCGCUCUCGCCUUCCUUCACACAUCCCCUUCCAUCCACCAAGCCUGCAACGACUGGACCGUAUGGCGCGACCUCAUCGCGCAGAACCCCAGCUUCCCCCGUGGCUUCUCCACAAGCACCCAGUAUGCAUGGAAAAGAUACGUAGUAGCAGAUGCCCGAGCCAGCCGCCUCGAAGAAGGCACAUGUAUCAGAAAAGCCGUUGAGCAAUAUCUCCCACAACUUCUAGCGUUGAAAUACACCGGAGCCCCCAGUAUCCACGCAGAAGCCUUCUACAACCUCUGCCACCCCCUUAUCAGCAACGCCGUCUACCCCCGCUCCCUCGUUCGCCUCGCAACAGACUCCAAUCCUCGCUGGGAAUUUAUGACUAACCCCUCGAGCCCCUUCUCCGCCUCAGACUGGCAAUCCGCCCAAGCAGCAGCCUUCUGCUUCGCAUCUCGCGUUUUAUCCGACGACACAUCUCCCGAGGACCCAGAGACGUCCCCCUUCCAGCUCGGAAGCGUGCGGUGGCUACUUUCCACCACCGAGCAAACCAAGAACGGAAAAGCAGUCGCAAUGCAGCACGCCCUAGCCAACGCAGUAGUAGGAUGUUUCUGCUCCGAGCUACGAAUCGCACUUAGCGGCGAGCGAACAAUCAGCGAGAACUUCGACGGCUGUGCGUACCCACCCAGCGACGUUGAGAUCCCUCUGAAAGACUGCAUGGCACUCCCCGUACCGUUUUCCACCCGUAGUACGGAGAUGUUCGGGACGUGUCACGUGCGCGCUAUGACGACGCCGAGUUUCUUCACCGAGGACGAGUGGACGGGGUAUUUCAGUACGAGGGGGGAUUGGCGCAGUGUGUAUCAGGGCGUUGGGGGGUACUCGGAUGAGGCUGUCAAGAGUGGGCGGCGCGCGUCGGUGUGUGAGCCGGCUGUAGAGAGUGUGGUUAGGUUCCGGGUUGUGAGGACACACGAGAAUGGGGACUUUGUUCUGCGGUCGAAUCGUUUCCAUACGCCGACUGAGCAACACGUUUUGACCAUGUUGGUGGAGAGGAAGACUGGGCGGUUGACGGCGUCGCUUGAUAACUCUUGCAAGUCGAUAGAAGAUGUGUCGGGCAGUGAAGUGAGGAAUGCGGUGAUCACGCCUUUUGGAAUUGUGCACGGUGUUCGGCCUGGAGAAUGGAUGUGGCUUUGGAAGAGUAGGUGGUCUCGGGAGGUUGAACCGGGGAUGCAAUGA